AGGGACCUUCCUCUGUUCCCACAGUCCCGGGGCGCAAUCCGCGAAGGCUGCCUGGAGGAGGAAGGCGACAGGGCCAUGGCCACCGAGGCGACCUUGGGUCCCAACGCGACCUGGUGGGCUCCAACCAACGCGUCGGGAUGCCCGGGCUGCGGUGCCAAUGCCUCGGACGGCUCGGGCUCCGCGCCCAGGCCACUGGAUGCCUGGCUGGUUCCCUUGUUCUUCGCUGCGCUCAUGUUGCUCGGGCUGAUCGGGAACUCGCUGGUCAUCUACGUCAUCUGCCGCCACAAGCACAUGCGGACAGUGACCAACUUUUACAUCGCCAACUUGGCGGCCACAGACGUCACUUUCCUACUGUGCUGCGUCCCCUUCACGGCGCUACUCUACCCGCUGCCCGCCUGGGUGCUGGGAGACUUCAUGUGCAAAUUCGUCAACUACAUCCAGCAGGUCUCGGUGCAAGCCACAUGUGCCACCCUGACGGCCAUGAGCGUGGAUCGUUGGUAUGUGACUGUAUUCCCGCUGCGCGCCCUGCACCGCCGCACUCCGCGACUGGCCCUGGCUGUCAGUCUUAGCAUCUGGGUGGGCUCUGCAGCCGUGUCCGCCCCGGUGCUGGCCCUGCACCGCCUGUCGCCCGGGCCUCGCACCUACUGCAGCGAGGCGUUUCCCAGCCGUGCCCUGGAGCGCGCUUUCGCGCUCUACAACCUGCUGGCUCUGUACCUGCUGCCUCUGCUCGCCACCUGCGCCUGCUACGGUGCCAUGCUGCGCCACCUGGGCCGCGCCGCUGUGCGCCCCGCUCCCACUGACGGCGCCCUGCAGGGACAGCUGCUGGCACAGCGCGCUGGAGCAGUGCGCACCAAGGUCUCCCGGCUGGUGGCCGCCGUGGUCCUGCUCUUCGCUGCCUGCUGGGGCCCGAUCCAGCUGUUCCUGGUGCUCCAAGCCCUGGGCCCCGCGGGGGCGUGGCACCCUCGCAGCUACGCCGCCUACGCGCUCAAGAUCUGGGCUCACUGCAUGUCCUACAGCAACUCGGCGCUCAAUCCGCUGCUCUACGCCUUCUUGGGCUCACACUUCAGACAGGCCUUCUGCCGAGUGUGCCCCUGUGGCCAGCGUCGCCAGCGCCGAUCCCGCGGGUCUGCACUCUCGGACCGAGCCGCAACCCACACUGCGCCGCACAGUCGGGCCGCGCACCCCGCCGAUGGCGUCAGGACGCCCGAGCCUGGAAACCCUUCAGUGCGCUCCCUGUGCGGUUUGCAAGAACAAACUGUUCCACUCUGA